AUGGCGGCGGCGUUGGUGGUGGUGUUGGGGAGGGGGAGGGGACGUCGGGGUGGGGGGAAGGGGAAGGGGAGGCGGGGGCGGGGAGGGGGAGGUUGUGGUGGUGCUGUUGGUGGUGGUCAUGGUGCUGGUGGUGGUGUUGGUGGAGGUUGUGGCGGUGGUGUUAGUGUUGGUGGUGGUGGUGGUGGAGGAGGUAAUUGUGUUGGUAGUGGUGAGGAUAUAACGACAGGUAGCAGAAGUAGGUCGAGUGAGUCAUGUGAUCGUGGUAAAAGGUGGGCUUCUACCGAAUUAUCCAGGGCUGCCCAGUCAUCAUCCUCUACCCUGCCUACCUCGUCGACCUUUGCGAUAUUACAUGCGGGUCCAUCGGACCAGCAAUUUGUCAUGGUCCUAAAUCCGAAUCGGGUGCCUCCUUCUACUACGCCUUCUGCAGAUGCAACGACGACAUCGACAAAGCCCGUGGUGGGUUGUUCCUCCAAUACCCCCGGAUAG